AUGGAUCUCGCCCUGUACAAGGAGUUUCGAGAGGAGUGCGAUGCAGCAUACCCGGAGACCGUCGAACUCGACAGCAACCCUCCGAGGCGGCGGCCGCGUGGAUUAGCCAUUUACCCACCGGACUAUGUCGCUGGGUUCUUCAUAUCUUCAGAAUGCAUUUGGAAAACCUUCCGCGUCCACCCUGACAACCUUCUGGGUCGUAUCAAUAAUUGGGCAUUGAGAGAGAAUAAGGGAGUGUAUUUCUCGGUGAUUCAGGUCACGUACUACGACUAUAUUAUCUGCUUCGCGCAUACCGUCGACGACAGGAGGGAUAUGGAGGAGUGGCGCGAGAAGAGGGAGGAGUGGUUCGACACCUUUUGCCGGGCACUCGAGUUGAACGAGAAGUCGAGAACGAUCUUGAAGAACAAUUACAAGUGGCAUCGGAUGAUUCACCUCGACUGGUCGUUCCAGAUGUCGCCGGAGGUCUCGCUGCAGCCGUCGACCGUUCGGUCUGAGACCUGAUUUUAUCUUGUUCUCAAUGCUAUUCCGAAUAUUUUGU